AUGUCCUCAGUACCAGUGACUCCGACAAAAAGAUUGACUCUGUGGGAGAGCCCUGAGCGCCCGCCCAAGAGGCCGACCCCAGAUUGGGCCGCGGUCUCGAGGUUUCGGUUGCGGCCAGCAGCCAUGGGAACUACGGUCAAGCCUGAAAGCGAUUUUGUCCAGGCAGCUCGGGACAAAGCCAGGCGAGAGGCCACAACACUCCAGCACCACGCGAACAUCAACGUCGUGGCAAAUCAAGCCGGUCUCGACACAAUGCAGGUGCUUUAUGAGAUGCGGGAGUCUCAGAAGCGCAUCGAGGCCAAGAACACGCACUUGGAGGAAGAACUGAAGCGCUUCGAGGAUGAUAAGAUUGCCAUGAACAAGCGCUUCGAGGCCAAGAACAAGCACUUGGAGGAAGAACUGAAGCGCUUCGAGGCCAAGAACAAGCAUUUGGAGGAAGGACUGAAGCGCUUCGAGGAUGAACGACUUGCAAUCAACAAUCGCCUUGACUCGAAUGUUUCGCGUAUCGAGUCUUCCGAAACCGAAACCAAGAAGCAAUUAAAAGCAGUCAAAGCAGAAAACGCGGAGCUCAAAGCAAGCGUCGCACCGCUUCAAAGAUCCCAUUUCGAUGCGCGACAGCGAAUUCUUGCGACCUUUGUCCGUGAGAUCAUGCUGCCACCGAGAGGUCCAGAACGACAGCAGUUCCUUCGAACCACGACGGACGACGACCUGAAACGGUGUUGUGAAACCAUUGGACCACUCAUUCAUCAGGUUCACGGUGGUGAUGUCCUCUUAGACGCCGACAUGAUCUGCCAACGAUUUCACAGCGAGCAGUACGAGUACCGAGCCUUCGAAGAGAUUUAUGGAAUGGCACCCGGGCGUGCGAAGAAUCUCAGUAAGUUCGGAUUCCAUCUACGUGAUGCAAGUUUCCUCAGCUAA